UGUAAAUAGCCCAAGUCCAAAUUCAAAAAAACUUGUCAACCAAGCUUUGCGUAUCCCGGGGACUUCUCCUAUAAAUUCGCCAACAAUUUACUCCUACAUUCUCUAUACGCUUUUCUUUCCUAACGCCUAAAGUUUUUCAAUUACUGUCAAAAAUAUAUCAUGUGUCCAACGGGAAGUGCUUUGCAUUCUAAGGCCACAGGAAAGCCAAAUCUCCGGUCAGCAUUCGACGUUUUAGACGUUGACCGUGAUGGUAAGAUAAGCACCAACGAUCUCCGAACAUCAUACGGCGAAUUCCUCGGAGAUUCCGAGGAUGACGUCAUUGGUACGAUGAUGACGGUUGCAGAUUCCAACAAAGACGGGUACGUGGAAUUCGAGGAAUUCCAGAAGGUUCUAGAUAGUUCUAGAAGGGUGAAUGUAAUGGAAGAUGUUUUCAAGGUGAUGGAUAAAGAUGGUGAUGGCAAAGUUGGGGUUGAGGAUCUGAAGAGUUAUUUGAAUUGUGCUGGGCUUCAAGUUGAUGAUGAUGAUGUUAAGGCUAUGAUUAAAUUGGGCCGUGGUAAUAAUGAUGAAAAUGGUGGUGUUACCUAUGAAGGGUUUCUCAAGAUUUUGUCUCUUUGAUUUGUUACUCCCAAAUUCAAUACGUAAUAUUGGAACAAUUGCAGAGAAGAUUGAUGACGAUGAUAAAUGUUAGAUUAGGUGAAGAAGUAUUAUUGAUUUGAUUUUGUAUUUUUUAAUGAUUUGUGAAGUUCAAAGUAGCGUGGUGCACUGCUUCAUAUGCAGUUGGCAUAUCCCGAGAAUUCCCCGAAAAAAGAAAAGAACAAAGAAAAAAAGAGUUGUUCUACACUACAGUAUCUUUUUGUAGAGGACAAACAUAUCCAUGUACUUUCAGGAAAAGAUCGAAUAUACGUUCCGUUAUAUUAUUAGUUCAAAAA